UGCUGCCGGAGACCCCAGGUCGACUCUCGGGGGUCGCAGGGAAAAGGGGCGAUCCGACCGCGAGAAGGAAGGCGGCCUAGUGGAGGCAGGAGCCCCUCUGGGAAGGUUACAGGGAGAACUGGGGCCAUGGCAGUCAGAGGAAGAAGAGCAAGGAGGUGUUUUUAAAGGUCGGAACCGAGAUGCCCUUUUCAGAGGACGCCAUGAAGAGGAAACCUCCGGGAGGGACCCUGUUGAACGUGCCCCGAGGACUCGGGGCGGCGGAGUCCGGCGAGUUAAGCCCCCCGGAGCCACUCGCCUUCCGUGAGGGAGCCGGCCCCGAGCGCGGGUUACUCGUGCCGGGCCGGCGGCACCCGCCGCUGAUUGGCUGCGGCGCCCGGGCGGAAGUGAUGCGGCUGUCACCGGCUCCCCCGGCUCCCGCGAAGCCGCGAGUUUCCGCAGGGAGGCGGCGGCGGCAGCUGCGACCGGGCCGGUCUGCAGUCUGUGUGCAGAGUCAACACUACUCACAGUAAAAGUGAAGCCUUUUCUCUAUUUGCCCAAAAUGAGUGUGACGUGGUUAGCCAGACCAGGAGCUCAACCUCAUGUAGAGUCCAGCCUACUGCUCUGAUGCCGAAGGGGAGGCAGAAAUUGCCACACUUGGAUGCCCCCCUGGGCCCGCCCACCUGCGUCUGGCUGGAAUUAGCUGGGCUCUUCUUUCUGGUUCCCUGGGUCAUGGGCCUGGCAGGAACAGGUGGGCCUGAUGCCCAGGGUCCAGGGGGACUAAGCUGGGCUGUGCAUCUAGACAGCCUGGAAGGUCAUGGGGAGGAAGAGACUCUAAAGCAACAGGCAGAUGUCUUGGCCCAGGCAGCAGGACUGGUGAAUGCUGGACGCAUUGGAGAGCUCCAGGGGCACUACCUCUUUGUUCAGCCAGCUGGGCACAGGCAGGCCCUGGAAGUGGAGGCCAUCCGGCAGCAGGCAGAGGCUGUGUUGGCCAGGCAUGAAGCUGUGCGCUGGCACUCAGAGCAGAGGCUGCUAAAGCGGGCCAAGCGCAGCGUCCACUUCAAUGAUCCCAAGUACCCUCAGCAGUGGCACCUGAAUAACCAGCGGAGCCCCGGCAGGGACAUCAAUGUGACAGGUGUGUGGGAGCGCAAUGUAACUGGACAAGGAGUGACAGUGGUGGUUGUGGAUGACGGAGUGGAACACACCAUCCAGGACAUUGCACCCAACUAUAGCCCUGAGGGUAGCUAUGACCUCAACUCUAAUGACCCUGACCCCAUGCCCCACCCGGAUGUGGAGAAUGGCAACCACCACGGCACAAGAUGUGCAGGAGAGAUUGCAGCUGUGCCCAACAACAGCUUCUGUGCAGUGGGAGUGGCAUAUGGGAGCCGCAUAGCAGGUAUCCGGGUGCUGGAUGGACCCCUCACAGACAGCAUGGAGGCCGUGGCGUUCAACAAGCACUAUCAGAUAAAUGACAUCUACAGCUGCAGCUGGGGACCAGAUGAUGAUGGGAAGACAGUGGAUGGCCCCCAUCAGCUUGGAAAGGCUGCGUUGCAACAUGGGGUGAUUGCUGGUCGCCAGGGCUUUGGAAGCAUCUUUGUGGUAGCCAGUGGGAAUGGAGGCCAGCACAACGACAACUGCAACUAUGAUGGCUAUGCCAACUCCAUCUACACAGUCACCAUAGGUGCUGUGGAUGAGGAGGGACGGAUGCCUUUCUAUGCAGAGGAGUGUGCCUCCAUGCUGGCAGUCACCUUCAGUGGAGGGGACAAGAUGCUCCGAAGCAUUGUGACCACUGACUGGGACCUUCAGAAGGGCACCGGCUGCACUGAGGGCCACACAGGGACCUCAGCUGCAGCACCUCUGGCAGCUGGCAUGAUAGCUUUAAUGCUGCAGGUACGGCCCUGCCUCACAUGGCGUGACGUUCAGCACAUCAUUGUCUUCACAGCCACCCAGUAUGAGGAUCGCCGAGCAGAGUGGGUCACCAACGAGGCAGGCUUCAGCCAUAGCCACCAGCAUGGUUUCGGCCUGCUCAAUGCGUGGAGACUCGUUAAUGCAGCCAAGAUCUGGACAUCUGUCCCUUACUUAGCUUCCUACGUCAGUCCCGUGUUAAAAGAGAACAAGGCUAUUCUGCGAUCCCCCCGCUCCCUGGAGGUCCUGUGGAAUG